AUGUUGGACGCGCGGGGCUUGAACCAUGGGUGGCGAGCGCCAGGCUGCGGCUACCGGCACCGCCAGCCGGGCUGGACACAUGGUGGAAGUGCGGCCGGGACUGUAUCUGGGUGGGGCAGAGGCGGUGGCGGGAAACCAGACCACCUGCUGGAGGCCGGCGUCACCGCCGUGCUGACGGUAGACUCGGAACCGGGUUUCCAGGCUGGGGCUGGUUCGAAGGACUCCGGAGGCCUCUUCGUGCCGGCGCUGGACAAACCCGAGACCGACUUGCUCAGCCACUUGGAUCGCUGCGUGGCCUUCAUCGGCCAGUCGGCGAGCCGAGGGACGUGCGGUGUUGUGGUGCACUGUAGUCCUAGGGUGGACACAGGGGCAGAAGGUAGUGAUGAAAACGUAUGGGACCAGAUCCGGAACAACUUGGAGUUAAGAGCAAAGAAAGCUAACAACAUCAGGCAACUGAAGUUAUAUGAGGCCAUGGGAUGUGAAGUCGACACCUCUAGCGCAGCUUACAAGCAGUACCACGGCUCCAGAAGGUCACUGAGAAAGUACCCGGAACUUCAGAAUUUGCCUCAAGAACUCUUUGCUGUUGACCCAACCACCAUGUCACAAGGACUAAAAGAUGACAUUCUCUACAAAUGUAGAAAGUGCAGGCGAUCUUUAUUUAGAAGCUCUAGUAUUUUGGAUCAUAGUGAAGGAAAUGGGCCCGAUAGCUUUGCUCACAAGAGAACGACACCGUCUUUGGUACAUGGGAGUCAGGCUCAGUGUACUUACUUCAUUGAACCUGUACAGUGGAUGGAGUCAGCUUUGUUGGGAGUAAUAGGAUGGACAGGUGAGACAUCAUUUUCUUCCUGCAGUUUUGUUUGUAUUGUCUAAAUUCUGUUCCCUUUCCCCACCUUUAAACUGUAUUUUAGAGCAGGGAAUGUGGCUUAGUUGGUAGAACGCUCAUCUAGUAUGCGUGAAGCCCUGUGUUCCAUCUCUAGCAUCACAUAAGCCAGGCCUGAAAUGCCAGCAUUCUGGAGGUUAAGGCAGAAGGGUUGGAAGUUAGGGGGCACCUCAGGCACACAGUGAGUUUGAGACUAUCCUGACUGGUGUUCACGAGGCAUUGUCCUCAAGACAACGCAACAACAAACAUUUUUAUUAUUUUUAAUAUCCGUAUUACAUCUUCUCUCUUUUGAUGUGGGUGUAUGUAGCUGUGGGAGUUCUGGGGUAUCACACACUCACACAUGGAAGUCAGAGAAGAGCUGGUGGAAGUUGGUUUCUUCCUCUCUUCACCAUGUCGGUCUCAGGACCAAGCUCAGGCCAUCGGGCUUGGCCAAAGGGUCCUUACCUGAUGUGCCAUCUUAUUUUCUGGAUAAAAACAAAACAAAGCAAACAUCUGUGUUGUAACCAACCAUCUCCUUCUGAAGAUUCUGAGGACUGUGUCUUUUUAGUAUAUGACUAAGGUCACCACAAUUUAAUGGUUCUUUCUUUUUAAAUUAAACUCAAGGUCUUACCCAUGUGCAGUCUGUCAUAAAACUGUGCCCCUAGUAUUCAAGUAAAUGUUUUUAAAAAUUAGCUGAUUCAAAUUCAUUAGCCAUAUUUGAUAGAGAACCACUCGUCCAAGUUACAUUUGUUUUAAGACUAUUGUUUAAGUUUUCAAACAUAAGACUAAUGUUUUAAAAAUAAUUAGAUAUAUCACAAAUUAAGUGAGAUAAAUCAAAGUAAAUUAGGUUUAAAAUUUAUUUUUCUCAUUUAGCUUUAUGGCACCCGUUUCCCUAUGUUUUCUGUUAAUUGCAUUUGCUGUGGGAUGCUUCUCAUUCCCUAUUAGAGAAUGGAGCUCAGAAGCAACAUUCGGGCGGCCCUCACAUUUGCCUUUGUGUACACUAACACUAAUAUGAAGGUAUCCUAUAGCAAUUUUUUUUAAAAUGCAGGUGAUUUAAUCCAUGUCCUGUGUGCCUACAUGAGGUACAACUCAACCCCAUGAAAUAACAAUUUUAAUGAAUUUGUAAGGUUGUAUGGUGUAUAAAAGUUUGUACGGUAGAUAUUUUAUGAAACCUUUUACUGUAGUAUCUCAUUUGAGGAUAUAGUAGCUAUAGGUACUUGCAAUCUAUUAAUGAGGAACUUAAUGUAGUUACUGUUUUUGUCUGGAAAGUGGUAUCCAUAUGUUCAAAUUGAGCCACAUUAAAUCUGUUUUAUUUAUAUAUAAUUCUCCUGUUUCAUAAGGCUCAGUAGCUUUGUAGUUUAGUUACAAAGGUAUUUUUUUUUUUUGUAAUCACACUCAAAAUAAUGUACCCAUUGGGAGUCACUCUGCAUUUUAUUGUCGUCUGUUUCAGUUUGUGUUUUGAGACAGAGUUUUGCCAUGUAGUCUGGCUUGGGCUUGAACUCAUGAUCCUCCUUCCUCAGCCUCUUGAGUGUUAGGAUUUUAGGUGUGCCUUACCAAGCCAGGCUCCUAUUCAGUUAGUGAGUUUUGAGGCAGGAUCUCAUGUAGCCCAGUUGUAGCAGCCUUUCUCUUUGGAUCACCAUCCGGCUCCCAAAUAAAGACACAGAGACUUAUUAUUAGUUGCGAAUGCUCGGCCUUAUCUCAUGCUUGUCCCGCUAGAUUAUAACUUAAUUUAGCCUGUUUCUCAUCAUCUAUGUUUUGCCUUGGGACUUUUCACCUUUCUUCAUUCUGUAUGUCUUACUUUCCUGCUUCUUCCAUGUCUGGCUGCGAACCACACCCACCAGCCUCUCUCUUUUUCUCCCUCGUUCUCUCUUAACCUAGAUUCCUACUUCCUACUUAUGCUCUCUGCCUGCCAGCCCUGCCUAUCCCUCUACUGCCUGGCUACUGGCCCUUCAGCUUCUUAUUAGGCCAAUCAGGUGCCUUAGGCAGGCAAGGUAAAACAAUUGUCCCACAUCUUUGCCUAGUUAAACAAAUAUUCCACGACAGCCCAGGGUGACUUCUAACUCCUGGUCCUCCCGGGAUGCCGUGUAGCUCAGACUGGGCACCUCCAGCUCCUUGUCACUGAGUGAACAAUGAGGACAUGACCUUGCCCUAGGUAGGAAAGAGGAGAAGAUUUGUGGAUAUGAAGGAACGCCAUCCGGAGACAUUUGGAAGGUCUAGGCUGAACCAAGCCAGCAGAUGGAACUGGGCCAUGAGAGGAGUGGGGGUUGGGAGGGGUGAGAAAUAGAAAGGGGAAGCAACAGUGAGGAGCCAAGGACCAAGAGGCUAAGAGCACCAAGAGGCCAAAGGCUGGUUAUAUAGAAUCAGAGAAGCUGGGGGAGGGAAGUAAAGCUCAGCAGCUGGAGAGAGGGUUAGGGGUAGGGAGUUUGGGUGUGCCAGCCAGAGUGCCUGUAACAAGUACUUGAACUGCAGAAGGCUGGUGGCCAGAGUCUGCUUUGGUGUGCUACAUAGGCAGGCACCUUAGUUAGCAUCGUUUCCUGAGUUUGAGACCUAACAUUUCCUCUUGGGAUCUACGUAGCCAGGCUGGCCUCCAAGUCCUGGUCCUCCUGUGUCUGCCUCGCAGGAGCUGGAAUUACAAGUAGGCACCACUAUGCCUGGCUCUCUUAUCCCAUUCCUAGGAUUAUGAUUUGACAUAGACUUUUAAUUCUAAGAAAUCCAAAUUUUUGAUUUUUGCGUUUUUGGCUUGCCUUUAUUUAGCCUGUAAAUGAGUGGGCACAGACACAGAGUCAAGGUGUUUUUGUAGAGGGCUCUCAGUCAUGGGUGAGUGUGGUGAUGCAUGCCUUCUAUCCCAGCAUGGAUUUCUGUAAGUUAAGUCUGGU